GGUUGAACAAACUGGAGGACACCAUUUGUCUCAUUCUCUGAUUAGCUGACUGGGGGCAAGAAAAACAAGAAAAAAACAACAAAGAGACAAAAUCAGAAUUAAAAACAUCUGCUAUGAACUCCCUGAAUUUCACACUGUCUAUGAAUACAACUUUUGUACGUCCCCCAUUUUUUUACAUCAGAGGCUUGAAUAACUUGCCCUAUGCCAAAUACUACUACGUUUUCUUGUGCUUUGUUUUUAUAGUCUCUGUGUUGGGGAACUCCUUUGUCAUGUUUAGUAUAUACAAAGAGCGCAGUUUUCACACCCCAAAGUAUUUCUCUGUUUUUAAUUUGGCUCUAGCUGACUUAGGUGAAAGCACUGCUCUUAUUCCAAAUUUAAUUGCAAUGUUUCUUUUUGAUUCACAAUACAUCUCCUUUGACGCAUGCUUGGCCAACAUGUUUUUUGUGUUUUUCUUUUCCUCUUUGCAGUCCCUAACUCUGACCAUUCUGGCCUAUGAUAGAUUGGUGGCAAUAUGCUUGCCACUGAGAUACCACGCCAUCAUCACAAUGCAAGCAAUGACUGUGAUAUUAACAGUGGUGUGGGCAUAUAAUUCAGUUUUACUGAUUUUAAUGGUGUCUUUGGUUCCCAGGCUGUCCUUUUGCAAAUCCAUUGUGGUAGAAAGCUACUUCUGUGAUCAUGGACCCAUAUUCCGCAUGGCAUGCAAUGACAAUCAUGUCAAUUUAAUCAUGGGAAUUAUUAACAUGAUAUUAUUACUUUAUGUGCCCCUUUUUUUGACUGUACUAUCUUAUGUGUUUAUUUCUGGUGCACUGUUCAAAAUAGCUUCAUGGGAAGGGAGAUUUAAAGCCAUUAAGACUUGUUCUGCACACCUAAUAAUGGUGGCUAUAUAUUAUAUGCCGAUACUGAGUAUCUACAUGGCUGGACUAUUUUUUCCCAUUCAGCCUAAUGUCAGGAUAAUGAAUACAUCAUUUUCAAAGGCCAUUACCCCCAUGAUGAACCCAAUCAUUUAUGUGCUGAACACUGAAGAGUUCAAAGAAUUCAUAAAAAAACUUUUCAGAAGAAAAAAAAAAACACAACAGAAAUAAAUAAUUAAAAUAACUGAAUGAAUCGAUAUUAUAGGAACUCUUUUUACUGUAUCACAUACUCUGCAUAGAGGUAGAAGCAUGGGUUAAGAAUUUCUUGACCUCUUUUGAACACUGAAAAACAUUAUUUUUCAGUCCGCUAAUUAUUGGUUCAAAUAUUUUG